GCAAAGGGUUUUGGUAACCGUGCCGAGUCGCGUGGGUACAGGAGAGGAUCCGCCCUGUGAGCGGCAGUAACGUGAAUCUCGCCACCUCUCGCUCACUCACACUGCAGCGGUUUGGUGCAGAGGUUCGGGCUCUCGUCUGUCGUUCAGUCUAACAGCUCUUCUGACCCCUUAGAAAGGAAACCCUUCCCGUAGCGAUCACCGGCAGAAAACACUGCAGGACCUUAAACCAUGCGGGGGAUUUCGGUGUGGGCUUUUCUGGCCCUUUUUUCGCUCUUAGCACUGGGAGGUCUGGCAUUUGAUGAUUUGAAGCUAUCCGAUGCUUUAGGUGAUGAUGAGCCACCUACUACUACUCCUAAGCCCAAGGAAAAUGAACAUGGAGGACUUAUCCCUGAUAAACCUACCCCAAAACCUCCUGUCAAGCCCAAAGAGCCUGUCAAGCCUAAAGAGCCUGUCAAGCCUAAAGAGCCUGUCAAGACCACAACCAAACCCAAACAUGAGGAGCCCCUCCCUGAUUUCUUUGAGCCAACCGUACGGCCUGCGUUGUUGCCCCGCACAUCUGCCAGACCCCUUCGACCCUCUUCCCCGCCUCGCAAGGCCGGUCUACCUGGUUUUGAACUUUCCGAUGCUUUGCCUGACAAUGACAAUGACAAAAAACAAAACGAUAAAGGCUUUGGAGGAGGUGACAGCAGGCCCGGUAUCGCAGGUGGCAAUAGUGGAAAAGAUCUUACCGAUGAAGACCUGUUUAAUGUGAAUGAGGAUGGCGGCUAUCAGCCAGACAAAGGGAAAGGAGGAAAAAAAGGUUCAGGAGGUUCUGGAGGUUCAGGAGGUUCUGGGGGGCUUGUGGACCCUGGUGAGGAUGAGGAUUAUGACAGCAUGCCAGAGACUGGCACCAUUGCUGGCAUUGUGAGUGCUGUUGCCAUGGCGCUGGUCGGUGCAAUCAGCAGCUAUAUCUCCUACCAGAAGAAGAAGCUCUGCUUCAGCAUACAGCAGAGUCUGAAUGCAGAUAUGGUUAAAGCAGAGAAUCCUGAGGCUGUCGUGGCUCAAGAGCCUCAAGUUCAACAGACUCUCCUCCAGCCUCCUAACGCUGAGCCACCCACAGAAGACAAUGCGGUGUAACGUGCGAUACUUCUUCCAGCCUGAAGAGGGAGCAGUGCUCAACAUGUACACGCUCUCAGUGGAGGAAAACAAAAAACCCAUCUGCUUUGUUACGAAAUCAACCAUUCUGUGAAUAUUUAUUUAACCGUUUGCCUUCAUUUUCACUAAUCCUACUGUUUACAAUAUUAUUCCUAGGAAGUUGGAAAUUGUGCAGAAAAAAAAAAAGUUGAGUGUGUUGCUAAUUGAAAGUACAAGCUGUUCAUGCAUUCGUGCUGCUCCAGCUUUUUACUUCCAUCACCUUAUGAUGGGAUAAGCAUCACUGUGUAACUAGCGUGUAUCAUUAUUCCACGGUCCAUCAUUGGAUUAUUCACAUAAACCGUAAAUGAAGUACUUCUAUAGAAAACGCUUUAGAGCUGGGAAACCUGACUGUGGUCCUGUACCAUUUUACAGUCCAGUACAGUUUCCUGAAACGAACACACCUGAUUGAACUUUUCGGGUCAUUAGAUAGGAGUGAGAGAAACCUUCAACACUGUGCUUGACUACAGGAAGUCAGGAUCAGAGCCAGCUUCCCCUGAUUUAUAAAUUGAAUGUUGAUCAAGGUGACCUUAUUAAAUAAUUCCUGGUUGCUGAAGAUUUAUUAUCUUUUUACAAGCACCCUUUUCACACACACACACACAAAAAAAUGAAUGAUUUGUACAUUUGUGCCCUGCUUUUUUCAGAGCCGAAUGAAUUAAUAAUUGUAUAUAGGCAGUCUUUUUGUGCCCUGCUAUUGAACUGGACUUUAGAGAAAACUGAAUAUAGCUGCUCACUCUUUUAAUUUGCUUUAAAAAAAAGAAAAAGAAAACUGGAAGUGAGCUUCCAUUUUAUCAAACGGUGGUUGUGUUGAAGAAACCAUGUUGAUCGCUCUUUGCUAACUCGCUUUGUUUUGUGCGUGUGAGUGUGUGCGUGUGUGUGUGUGUUUACUGGUACAACAGUGGUAGCAGAUUUUCAGAGGCGAGCUUACUGUAACGAAGACGCCAAGUUUAUUUGUUCUGGAAUAUGUAGAAACUGAAGUCUUACAUGUCAGCACAAACACGGUCCGUCUUUUCCUCAUUAGGGCAUUUGCCGUUUUGAAAGUUUUUAAAGAUAUCGUGCUUGUAAAACGUGCGUGUUAUUCAUGUUUGUACUCAAAUGGUUGUGUUGGUGUAUCUUUAUAUACACUUGUAGCAGUGUAGCUACAGUACAAUAGAUUUUGUUAGCAGUCAUAUUAAGUGUUUCGGGCUUAGAUUUUUGAUCCACUUACAACUUUUCACCCCUUCACAGUUUUGCUGUGUUGGCUGUGUUCCAGUUGGUGUGUGUUUAAGAAGGCUUUCUUAGUCGUGCUGCGUGAACGGUUGCUUAGUUCCUCAGUUUUGGAUUUAGCUGUAGGGCAUGGAGGGUUUUUUUGGAGUUUGAAGAGGUAGCAAUAAAAGACUUGGAGCACAGCCCUGCUUUCCGUCCUGAGGUCCCCCAGCUUUUUCCGUCACCUGUCACAUCCUUUGCCGAGCUCAAUCCUGUUGCACCUUCUCUAUCUUUUUAGCCACAAGCCGCUGGUGCUUCACGUCUUAGGCCUUAUCCUGUUAAGCGGCCGCACUAUCGCAAAAGAGAGUUCAGUAUGCUGACCGUAUCAGCUGCAGCUGAAUCUGUAUGUGGUCGAACUCUCGGUAGGACAAUCCACCGUAUAACAGAAGAACGCAGACCAAAACAUCCACAACGCUUCUACUAUAUAUUGUUGAAUGUCCGCUUGCACGUAACACAUCGACAACGUCACGUCCUAUCUAGAGUUCCAGCUGAUGUUUCUAAUCUAAACCGAAUGUAAUUUUUUUUUUUUUAAUUUUACUCUGGUGCAAUUUUAGACCACUUUAACGUAGCAUCCCUGGUGUCACUUUUGGCAAAAACACCAAAGACAAGGCAGUGAAGAAGAUGUGAUCGUGUUGCUUUGUGUUUUGUUCUGCCUCAGAUCCUGGCGACUGUUCCGACUCGAUUUGUAGCGAAAUUUCCAAUUCACAAAUGCCUUGAGAAAACGUACAUCUUGAACAAUUGAACUAUAAAGUGCAUUCUUUGUAAUUGACUGUUAAAUUUGCCCUGUAUGGUGGAGUUUAAGGAUGCACUGUGAUCAGUGUGGCUAUAUCUGUGAAAAGGCCACGAGUUGGAGGUUGCAUUUGGUUUCAUAGGAAUUCUGAGCUCUUGGUGUCUUUUGGAUAGGAAGCGCAAAACAUUUUGUAUAAGGGUGAAAACAGAUGCAUGCUUAGAUUCUUUAGCUGUAGCCAGUUUUUUCUUGCUUACCGCAUUGCCGUACGAAGUUUGGACGGGUUCUUUAGGGAGAGAAGUUUUUGAAGUGUUUUUGGAUUUGCACUGCCAGUGAAGUGACAUAUUUACCACCAACACCACAGAUCAAAUUGAAGCAUUAUACAGUAGGACUUUGUAUUUUCUUACCAGUGCCUGUUCACUUCAGUCUAGACUUUGUUAGAGCCGAGUCACAGACACCCCAUCAUGUGAAGGCAAAACAUUAUUGAAAAUCUACUGACAAUCUUCAUUGCUUCAACAGUCAGUUUUCUACUUGUAUAUGGCACUAAAGAUCUGUUUUAAGUCUCAACUUUUACUGGCAAUACCUGAUAGAAAGAGAGUAACAUGAAGAAAAAAAACAACAAUAAAAAAGACUGAAAUUGAA